AAGUGUUGACUGUGUAGGAGUUUUGGCUAAGGGAAGUUGUCCCUUGUUGAUUUACUUGGUGUAACGAAUCUUUUCCCACUGUAUCCAAAAUUCAAAUUUAAUCUACACUCUUUAAAAAGUGAGAAGAUCAGCAGAACUGUUCCUUAUGAACAGUAGGGCAGUGUGCGAACGGUUUUGUCCUUGUCUUGGGAUGUUAUUUGCGGUCUUGCCAUUGGAUCUUGAAUUCCUUUGCUUUCUACCUCAGCGGUCAGUCCUACUUUUCCUGAAUUCACUUGCCAUCACUCAUUCAUUUCCGUUUUCUCUCUCAUCCUACUCUCUUUCUCUUUCCUCCUCUGCUAUUGUCCAGCCAUUUUUCCACUUUUGCUUUUAAGAUUUUUCGCUCUUCCAUUGAAGGUCAAUCUGAGUUUUCCAUUGAAGCGUGUUCUGAGCUUCCUUUCUUCCAUUAUUGCUGAGUUCAGCGUAGUGUUUCUGGUGAAGGUGUUGGUGAGUUCGAUGUAUCUGCAUUCAAGGAAUCUUAUUAAAAAAUCAAGCAGAACGUAGAAUGAAACUGCAAUUUUGCCGCCAGACAAUUACAAAUGGCAUGAGAUAAAGAAUCUCAGACUCUUCCAGGUUUUGAUUCCUAUUCUGAAACCAACUAGAUACACUGGUGCUGAUCCUUAUAAAAUGUAAGGUACACAGAAUUCAAACCCAAAUUGAAGGAGGUCAUAUGUGAGAGUUUUAUGACUGAUGAGUUUGAAACGCGUUGGUGUGCGCUAAUGUCUCAGUACAAGCUUGAGAAAAAUGAAUGGCUUACUAGGCUGUUUAAAGAGAGACAUAUGUGGGUGCCGGCCUAUAUGAAGGAGUAUUUUUGGUCCAGUAUGAAGACUACGCAAAGGGUUGAGAGCAUUAAUAGCUUUUUUGACGGGUUUCUUACUCGACAUACAAAGCUGUUUGAAUUCCCUCACAAGUAUCGUAGGGCCAUGGAUAAGCGGAUACGUGAUGAAACCAAUGCAGAUGCUUACUGUUCAAAGUACUUGAGGAGGUUAGUGAGUGGUUUCAAGACGGAGAAGGUCUUUCAAAAGCUACGGACACAAAAUUUCAAGAAGUCCAGACAGAAUGUUCUUCGAGGAUGAUGUAUGUGUAUGAUAGAGGUGAGCGAGUAAUUUCUGACAAUAUAAUUGAGUACACUCUUGAGGACCGAGUGUGGCUUGUUCCACCUGGUAAGAGUGAGGAGGUAAUUACUGAUCGGCAUAGGUAUUAUUGUGUUACCUUCAACACCGAAACAACGGAAGUAUGUUGUAAUUGCAGGAAAAUUGAAACACAUGGUAUUAUGUGUAAACACACCAUCAGUAUAUUAGAUCGGAAUUUUGUGCUUGAUGUGCCUGAGAGAUAUAUUGUAAGCCGGUGGCAAAAGGACAUAAUGCGCAAACAUACAAGGGUGAAGGUAACUGCUGAUGAUCCAUCCGAAGUUGUUCAUGUGAAACGGUUCAAUAUGCUAUUGAAAGUUGCUGAGCCAUUGUGUGAAGAGGCGGCCAUGGUGAAUGAUGAGACGGUACAAAUGGUCAUAGACUCAAUUAAUCAGUUGCGGUUGGAUGUUGAUAAGUGUAGGAAGACGAAGCUUGAGCAAACCAUAGCUCUAAAUUUCCCGAAUGAUUUUCAGGGAUCUGCGAGUGCAGGGUUCAGUGGUACAGCCUUGGCUGUUCAGAAACCAACUCAUGUAGAAAAUGUAAAGGAAAUUGGUGCUACUGUUAAGGACCCGGUUCCACCGAAGAAGCCUCGAGGAACCAAAUGAUGCUGAAAACGAAGGAAUGAUGGUGCAGACUCACCUGUAGCCCCUGAUGUGGCUGCUCCCGAUAUACUUCCAGUAAAUAUCCUGUUAUGAUUUUUCAUUAUACAUGCCUUUCAAUAUUAACUUUGUAAUACAAGUAGCUGCUGCAUUUACUUUUUUGGAAUCAAAUUAAUCAGGUUAAACGGAAGCAGGCACAAUUGGUGGAUUGCGACACUAUUGGUCUGGGUGACAAAGUGACUUUUGAUAAUGAGUUACUAAUGAGGAAAAGCAUGGAAUGGUGCACGGGUCCAUCUGAAUUCUGAAAUGCUUUAGAUGUGCUCUAGAAAUGACUUAGGUGUUCUUGACCAGGUUAGGUGUACGUUUUAGGACAUGCGUUUUUGGUGGAUGUAGCUUAACCAAGUAUUAGGCUAUGUUUAAGCUUAUAUUCGGAUCUCUACAUAGUAACUCAAUAUUUGUGGUUAAUUUGCCCUUAGUUAUUUUAACUAAAAGCUUGUAAUUUUUAUGGAUCACCAUUAGUACUGGAUUAUAGAUUUAAGUUUAAGCUUUAAGUUAAUUUAUAUUACUAAAUUAUUUCAGUCA